AUGAUUGAGCUGUCUGUGUCGUCUGAAGAACUCGGUCGAUGGAACAGACAGCCUGAACAAGCUCAGACAAGAACAAUCUCAUGGUUUGUUCGUAUUCGUAACACUUUGAAUCGAUACUCGCCUUUGAUUCCUCCUACAAUCUUGCUCAUUACCUUGGUAGUGGUACUUGUGCAAACCCGUACAAAUGAUGCUGACUCAUCAGUAGAUUCAAACGGAUUAUUAUUACUUAAGUUGGAAUGGAGUACACAAGACAACGGUUCAAUACAUUGUGCGAAUGUGACGCUUUUGUUCUGUACUGAGGAGUUCUGUAAGACCGAAUAUGUCACCGAUGUCGAAACGGUAGCAAUUCAGCGCAGUCCAACAAUAACAACAAAUGACACAGGCUUUUUCAUCGACUACACUCUCGAUCUGCGUGUUGGUAACGAUACUUUAUCUUCAUUAUGCAACGUUUCCGAUGGUUUUCCACUCGAGUCUACUUUAUAUGCUCGAAAAAUUGGUAUUUUGAAUCUUCAUGUCGUUCAAGCCUUUCAUCAUCAGCCAACGGAAAUGGAAUAUUACAACUCUAGUGCUUCUUCGUUUGCUAAUGCAAGUUCUGUUUUACUUGAAAUCAGCGCUUCUGAAGAGUUUGAUGUUGUGGUUGUGGUAAAUAACUCGUUAAUUACCAAUUCCAAAGCGAGGUUUGUCGUCUUCAUGAUAAACAAUGAUCUUCACUCGGCUUUAUCAUCAAAUGGCACUGCGUGUGCUUACCUACGAAGUGGCGGUAAUGUAUCGACUUACAACACGUCUGUUGUAUCAGAACCAAGUCUCGUCAUUUCUCAAGACAAAAGUCUACUCAUUUUUCAUAUAGAAGAUGCUGACGACGGGAUGUUCAAUAAUAGCACCACCGAUGGUGAUGAUGCGUCCAAUAGUUCGGAUUCAUCGACAUUAGAUAAACUUGGCCGCCGCAUUUUGGCUCUUGAAAGCUCACGAAGUCGCUACAAAAAAGCACUUAUCAUUGUGCUGAGUGUGUUUGGAAUCACAUCGUUCCUAGGUGCAGUUUUGUUCAUUUACCAGCAGCGUCGAAAGCAGCAAUUCAUCGAAGAAGAAAUGAUGUUAAGAAAUAUGCGUGGUGAUCACGAUAAUGAGCUCGAGCUCAUGCAUACUAUUUACUUGCUUUCAUCUAGCUCUCAUAGCUACGAAGGAUCUGUAGAGAUAUAA